CGCAUGUCCUGUCAGAUUUGUUACAUUUUUGAGGAAGCUGUGGCAGCAAGAUGUUUGUGUGUUCUACUCUCUAGUUACCGUGGUUAGCCUGUGAUAAUUAGCAAGAGAGAAAGAUCCAUGCUUGUUAAUCACCAGCACUCUAUUUUAUUCAUUGUGUGGAUUGAGAUGGCACAGCUAGGAGGGCAAGAAGAACAGGAGAAAACCACAGCACUUAAAGAUUUGUUGUCUAGGAUAGACCUGGAUGAACUGAUGAAGAAAGAUGAACCCCCUUUUAACUUCCCUAAUAACCUAGAGGAAUUUGAGUAUGCGUUCAAUGAAAAGGGACAGUUGAGGCAUAUAAAAACUGGAGAGCCUUUUGUUUUCAAUUAUCGGGAGGACUUGCACAGAUGGAACCAAAAGCGUUAUGAAGCACUCGGAGAGAUCAUCACCAAGCAUGUCUAUGAAUUGCUGGAGAAAGAAUGCAACAUGAAAAAAGAAAUUCUCCCAGUGGAUGCUACAGAUGAUGAACCAAAAAGCUUCAUCUAUCUGACUGAAGAUGCCUUGAGCAACCCGGACAAGCUGCUGGUUCUGAUUCACGGCAGUGGAGUGGUCAGGGCUGGGCAGUGGGCUCGACGGCUGAUCAUCAAUGAGGACCUGGACAGCGGAACCCAGAUCCCCUUCAUCAAGAGGGCAAUGGAGGAGGGUUAUGGAGUGAUCGUGCUGAACCCCAACGAGAAUUACAUUGAGGUGGAAAAAACAAAGAAGCAGACCGAGCCCUCCGCGGACAGCUCCGACGAACCUGCAGAAAAGAGGGAGCGCAAGGAUGAGAAGGAAACGAAGAAACACCGCGACUUCUAUGAGAAAUACAGGAACCCCCGACAGGAAAGAGAGACUGAACAGAUUCCCAUCCGGGAAAACAGUUCCCCCGAAGAACAUGCCGUCUAUGUGUGGGACAACUUUAUAUUCAAAUCAUCAGCGAAGAAUAUAUUUUUUGUUGCUCACAGUUAUGGUGGUCUUUCGUUCGUAGAACUGAUGAUUCAGCGAGAGGCUGAAGUGAAGAGCAAGGUGUGUGCUGUAGCUCUCACAGAUUCCGUCCAUAACGUCUGGCAUCAAGAAGCUGGCAAAUCAAUCUUAGAGUGGAUGCAAGAGCAUUGCUGUAACUGGGUGUCAAGUGCGGAGCCAUUGGAUACAGCAGUGGAGACCAUGCUACCAGACUGCACGCGUGUCUCUGCAGGUACAGAGCGGCACGAGUUAACGUCAUGGAAGAGUUUCCAUUCUAUUUUCAAGUACUUUACUGAGGCUUUCGAAGCUCAGAACUGUGAAGCCAAACCCACGACGACAGUAACCACAAGGAGCUCCAACAGAAUAAAGCAUGAAGAGUUUUAAAAGGGAAAAGAAAUCUCUCUCCUGUUGCCUUGUUUUGUGUGAGCAAGCCCCCAGCCCCUCAUUAGAUUGUUUUUCUCUCUAGAGCACAAGGUCGUGGUGUAUACAUCUAAAUAGCGUUUUGCAUUAUUUUUAGAUGACUGCAACUGUCAAAGCAAUAUGGGUUCACUGGUUGUGCUUCCUGUGGGCUGUAGCUUGCAUUUUGUGCUGCCCAUCAGUGUGCAGAUUAAGGUUGACAGCAGCACUGCACUAUGCAGUAUGGUGCACCUCUAAUUGCCCUGACAUAGCCCUGCACUAAGCUAAUGCCAGCUUCACACUUCCCUCCUGGUCUAUUUGCUUCUUGGCUUUUUCCUAUUGCUCUAAGAUAUAUUUGAUUUUAUUUUUGUUUCUACCAAUAAUCAAACGGUGAUUUUAUCUUCUAUUUGAAAUGUUAUACUUUUUAAAUCCUCUUUUUUUUGUUUCAUCAUUUCUGUCCAAUGCUGUUUGUAAAGCCAUAAGUACAGUAACUGGAUUGCUGUGUGUAAUAAUGCAUUUUUGUUGCAUACAAGGGUUUUUAAAAGCUGUGUUCUGUGUUAAUUGUAUGUGUUUUUUAAAUACAUUUUAUCUUCACAGUUGGUAAAAUAUUUUAAAAGAAAACUGACAUUGGCAACUUUAUAUAAUAGAAGGCAGUAAAAAUAUAUAAUAAUGCAAAUACCCCAGACAUACUAUUACAGUUAUUAGCUUUCUUUCGCAUCAUUGCUCACAAAGUAAAAGUUGGUUAUCAGUAUAUAAUGUAUUUAUUGCAUUUGUCUUCCGCAUUACGAAGCAUCUCAUCGACUUUGAAGGAUGUAUCGCAUUUAACAAAAAAGAAAUGCCCUAAUAUUGCAAUCAUUUCUGUAAUUGAGGAGAUCCAUACAGAGUAAGCCAUCGCUGUGUAGAAAGUGAACUAGAGAACGCCAGGCCUGAUCAUUGCAUGGUCAGUUUCAUGGGUCUAGCAGCCUACUGAAGAGUGCUUUACAAGUUAAGCCUGUGUGGAAUGUUGUUGUGUUAUAAACACAAGUUUAGAGCAAUUAACAGCAACAAGGUAAUCCUCUCCCCGUGUACAGCUUGGCCAAGGGUUUGCAUCAUUCUAUAGAAUAAACUCAUUGCGCUUCAUAAAUUCAUGAAUUACAUACCCCAUUGUUCUUUUCCAUAUACUAAUAAAAUUGAAAUGUGACAUUUUGAAAUCUAACAGGAAAUACUGUACUACUAUUAUGACUUCCGGUAGACUUGUGUGAUAU